AUGCCUACUUCGCAUAGUGAAAAUGAGAUAGGGGCAAGCAAUCGCCCAGUCCGGAAGAGGACUAGAACCGGAUGCAUCCAGUGUCGCAAUCGCCGUCGAAAAUGCGAUGGGGCACAACCACGAUGCCGUGGCUGUGAAGUGCGAGGCCAAGUCUGCCAAUGGGGACUCAAGGCUUCAUUCCAUCCCUCACGUACCAUUAGUUUAUCACGUCGUGAAGCUAUCGCACUAUGUGAAUUAGAAGAGGGGCGAGAGUCGAGACCACCUCAGAAUCAGCAAUUCAUAGACGAAACCAGUGAGAUUGUUGAUGCAUACUUAGCACCUAGUCGUCUGUCCUGCAGCCCUGAAUUUCCAGUCCGAAAUGAACCUUCACCUAGCAAUGUCUCUCACGCCUUCUCACAGCCAACUUCCAGAGAGUUCAGCCUCGCUGAUUCUUUCAAUCAGCAUAGCCUACAGGCUUCUGAUGUCCUACAAAGCCCACUAAGUAGUGACCAUUACUUCUCCCCUCCAACGGAGUUACCAGCCUUCAAUUCAGUAUCCGAAACUAUAUCGGCAGAUACCCAAAAUCAUAUUUACCCUUUCUCGCUAGGCCGGGCAAGCUCGAAGCAUGCCACACCACAGCCAGUGCCACGACUCCCAGUCACGGAUGGGGAAAAGCUACAUCUUAUCUCCGCCUAUCUACGGGAGACAGGUACCUGGUGCGAGACAACAGACUCCCAAAUGCACUUCACCGUGAAAAGCAUUCAUGAACUAAUGAAAUCAUCGUCAUUCGUCGCUGCGGCGCUUUCACUCGCCUCCCGCCAGCUAGAUUAUCUCCGGGGGCGGCAGAGGCCCAUGACGUUGGAGCUAUACCAAUAUACCAUUCAGCUGCUCCUUUCCCAGAACCCUGCACAAGCUGACACGUCCAUUCUGGCUACUUGCACUCUUCUCUGCGUGUAUGAAAUGAUGGCAUCGAAAGUCGAAGAAUGGAGACGGCACUUGAAAGGCUGUGCGGGAUUUCUUCGCACCCAAAAAUGGAAUGGAUCUAGUGAAGGCAUUGUGAAGGCGAGCUUCUGGGCCUUCGCCCGUAUUGGUGAGAAGUCUUAUUCACUUCCAACAUGA